GCGAUGGCAAAACAGCCAUUGUGGCGAUCCGGAGGAGAUGUUCUUUCGUCGGCAUCUGCUUUACGGAGGAGCACAUGACACGCCUCUAUCAACGGCUGGAGUCUGUUGUCUUUGCCGACAUGCAGACCCCAGACUCGGUGCUUUUUGAACCUGGCCUGCUUGCAGUGCUGGGCAAGAAGCAGAACAAGCGCAAGGCAGUCCCAAAGGGAAAGAGUCAGGGCAAGAAGCCGAAAAAGAACGAGGCAAAGGAGGAGGAAGAUGAAAAUGAAGAUGAGGAAGAUGGUGACGACGAGGAAGGAGAUGACGACCUGGGGGACCCGGAGGAGGACCAAGAGGAUGCUGAAAUGGAGGAUGAUGAUGAGGAAAAUGACGAGGAGGAAGAUGAUGAUGAAGACGAACCCCCCAAGAAAUCCCGUGGCAGAGGCCGAGGACGCGGUGGCCGGGGCAGGGGCAAGGGUGGUCGUGGUGACGGUGGCAAGCCCCAGCCCAUGAAAGGAGGCGGACGUGGUGGAAAAAAACCCAAGGCUGGGCAUUUGCAGUUGCUUUGUUCAAUGCUUUUCGCGUGUGCAUCACAUAUGCAUUACGUUUAA